GAGAGAAAGUUUAUUACUAGUUUUUAGUGUUCGUAGGCGCAAAUUAAGAUUUAAAUUCAGUCAAAAUAUCAUAAUAUUUAAUUACUUUCCAAAUAAUUAAGGCAUCAACGUAGUUAUACAUAUAUGUACUAUUGAAAAGCAGGAAUGAGUGACAUCUGGGGCUGUGCCUGUGUGUAGCGAUUGAAGGUAUCUUAGCUUAGAAGUAGCAACGACAGGAUGCCGAGGGGAGAGCAUAGGCCUAGCGUAUUACUAAGCCGCGAGGAGAACGAACAGGUUUUCAGUCUAAUCGGACCGAAGUGCCAGAGUUUAGCGACCGCAGUAGUUCAAUUGUUUACCACUGAGGGACCAGCACAUUCAGAAUGGAAGAAAAAGGAUACUGGCAUCUUGUGCUUGGUGAAGGACAACAGCAAGCGUUCCUACUUCUUCCGCAUUUACUGCCUCUACAGGAAGGCCAUGAUAUGGGAACAUGAAGUGUACUUGCAGAUAGAAUAUAAACACCCCAGGCCUUAUUUGCAUACUUUUGAAGCUGAAGACUAUAUGACAGCUUUUAAUUUUGCCAAUGAAGAUGAAGCUAAGGUCCUCAGAAAUAUCCUCAUUGAGAAGAUUGAAUUGAGGAAACAAAAGCGUGAAGAGCGACGGCAGCGGUCGAUGCUAGCGUCGCGCGCCAACAGCCAGCAGUCGGCGCGCCACAACGGCGUGCCGCCGGCGCCGCCGGGCCCGGCGCCCGUGCCCCAGCCCGCCCCCGCGCCCGCGCCCGCGCCCGCGCCCCAGCCCGCGCCGCACCAUGCACCUGCGCCGUACCACCAGCCCAUGCACGCACCACCUCUCAAAUCUAUAUCGUCUGGCAUGCUGAAAAAUACCAGCAAGAAACCAAAGAUGAGAAAAAUCACAAAAGCUGACAUUGGAAUUCCUCAAGACUUCAAGCACAUAUCACACGUCGGGUGGGACGCUAACAAAGGUUUCGACUUGGACAACCUGCCGGAAGAGGAGAUGCGGUCGUUCUUCUCGAUGGCGGGCGUGUCGGCGUCGCAGCUGGAGGACUCGAGCACGCGCCAGUUCAUCUACGACUUCAUCAACGAGCACGGCGGCGUCGACGCCGUCAAGGAGGAGCUGCACAAGCCCGACGUCGGCCCCCCACAAGGUGGUGGAGGGUACGGACGCGGCGCGACGUCGCACGCGCCGCCCGUGCCGCACCGCAGCCCCGCGCCUCCGCACCCGCCCCAGCCGCCCUCCCGCGCGCCCCCGCCGCCGCCGGCGCGCGCCGUGCCGCCGCCGCCGCCGCCCGCCGCCUCCCGCAACCCGCCGCCGCCGAGACCCAUUCAGCCGCCGUCGAGUGGUCCUCCGGCGGUGCCGCCGCCGCCGCCGCCGAUGAUGCUGCCGCCUGCGGGCGCGCCGCCUCCGCCGCCGCCCGCGCCUCCCGCGCCCCCCGCGCCGCCCGCGCCGCCGGCGCCGCCUGGCCCGCCAGACGCUGCGGUGCCCCCAGACGCAAGAGCCGCGCUCAUGGAAAGCAUUCGCAGUGGAAACAAGGCCUUAAAGCACGUGGAAGCCGGGGCCAAGCCGCCCGCAGAGGACAACCGGAGCAACCUGCUCAGCGAGAUCCGACAGGGCGUCGAGUUGCGAUCCGUGCAGGCGUCGCGGCCGGCGAGCAACGGCGCGGCGCCGGCGGCGGGCACGGGCGGCGCCUCGGGCCUGGCCGUGGCGCUGCGCCGCGCGCUGGACGAGCGCUCGCGCGUCAUACACUCCUCCGACUCCGACGACAGCGAGCCCGCCACCAGCGACGACGAUUGGGAUUAACCGCAUUAUGACACAGACUCGCUCUCUCCUCCCUCCUUAUACACAUUUUAUAUUUAUUUUUAACAUUCUACUUUUACUUCCUGAAAUCUUGUCACACAUCUACCAGUCGCUUUAUAUACCCGAUCUCUUCAAAGCCUAUACUUUAAUCUACGUAAAUAUUAGGCUCAGGCGGUCAAGUGGUACCUUGUUGUACAAAGACCACUAAGUCAACCCAGUGUCUAUAAACUCUAUAAGGACCACAAAAAAUCAUAACUUUGGCAUUGAAUUAAAAUGGUUUCAUAUAAAGUUAUCGGCGAAUGAAUAGCUCAAGAUUGCGAAUGGUAUAAUCAAUUUAUAAAUAGAACCAAACAGGCAUUGAAGCGCUUUACAUUUUGUAUGUGGUACAUGACCAAGCUCGUGGUAGUGUACUAUGAUUCAGUGUUUUCUUUUUAAGCUUAUUUUUUACCAUGUAACUGUUUUGCAUAUUAUUCUUAUUAACUGACUGACAUUCACACUGGCUCUUUACCUCCCAAAUAACAUUAUUCUUGUAUUAAUGUUAAAAUAAAUUAUGAAUAUUGUAGGCGCCAUUAUACCAAUUCAACUGGUGUCAUAAACAAGUGGUGGUGGUUGUAUUGGCAGCCAUGCCGGCCAAUAUAGCGGUUAACAAAUGUAGGCUUUGAAGGUUUACUUGCAUUUGGUUAGCAUCAAGUAAUAGAAGUCAUAUCAGGCAAUCGGUUUGUAUGUAGAGGUAAACUGUAUGUAUAUUGAAUGUGUAUAUAAUGUUCUUAAUUGUAGAAAAUUGACUGACAAAACGAUGGUGAUUUUAUGAUUAUAGCAUUUUUGUCAUACAUUCGUUUAUUUCCAGUUUUUGGUUAGUAAAUUGUCUUUUGUGUUAAGAGAGUGAAGAAAACGAAUAAUAAUAUUAACACCACACAUUGACUAUAUAUUGACAUAUUGGUAAUAAUAUUCUAUCAGUCGAAUAUCAAAAUCACUUAUAAAAAAUAGGUUGCACAUAUCCAGGACGCGGGGACCAUUCGGAAUACCUUUUUUAAUUUCCAUGUGUGACCCCCAUCUAUAGCCACGACGUGAUCACAAACUGGAAGUAAGCGCACUGUACCUGAUAUAGGUGUCGCACAAUAGAGAGAGGCCACGGCACACGGGAUGUCGUCUAGUGUAGAGACUGUCACCUUUAUUUUGAACUUCUAAUUAACAUUUGCAUACUAUUUUGCACCUGUGUCCUUGAUAUUGAUAAUUGGUUCCAUUCGCCUCUCUCUGGAUCGCGAGACCUAUGAUAAUAAUCUAGAUAUUUUAGAUAUAUUAGCUUAAUUUGAGAUACAAUCAGCACGCCUAAACACCCUAACUAAUAUAAUUUGUUUCGGGCGUGUCGGUGAUAUACAUUUACAUGCACUUAACGCACUGUUGGACAGUAUCAAUGGGCGCUCACUAUAUAGUUUGUAGCUGCGCUCUAUUGAUUGUCCUGUUCAGCGAUGUAUUAAUGUUAAGCUUCUGGACAAGAUGUUAGGACCCUAUGAGGGAUAAACCUGUCUACAGAUUUGUGAUCGUGACUACGUGAUACAUAGUCAGUAUAGGUAGCCAGCAGGACCAGAUAAGAGUAUUGAGUUGAGAUGUUUUAAUAAUUAUGUGAAGGCACACUGAACAUAAUACAAAUUACAAAUAGACAUCCAGUAAUAGUUUUCCAGUAAUUUCAAAUAGUUGUCCCGGAACAAUUUUCCAUCUGAUCUGAUUAUACGAUUUAAAAAAUCUUAUACAGUCAGCAGUAGUUAAGAGAAUGAAAAUUCUCAUGCCGUUUCAGCAUGACAGUUCUUUUGCGUGGAUAUUUUCGACACUUCGUUUGAUUCUCGUAGUCACUUCUACUGCUAACUGCAGUGUCUAGUUUGGUCCCACUAGAAGAAAGCGCAACGCUGCUACACUAUUGUAGUCGUCGUAUUCGUAAAUAACGAUCACUGUCGACGCUGUGCUGCAUAAAACAGCUUAUAAAAAUCCUAAAAAGUGACUUAAUAGGUUUUUUAUUUAGCAGGUGCAACCAUAGAAUAUAGUCAAUAACAAUUUACUUAAUUGUUAUCAUUUUAGUCGGCAACCAUAGUCAUUUUAUGGUUUUAGUUAAGAAAAUAUAUUAAAUAUUAUUUAUUAGUUUAGUUUACUAUAAAAGUUUAGAUAGCAUUACCUAUAUGUUUCACCAUUAAGAGGGAAGAAUACUACGUACUCGUCCAUAUAAAAAGAGAAAAUGUUUAUCAACUAUAAAUAUUUUCCAUUCCCACUGAUUUUUAGUACGUUAUUGAUACAAUGAAAGACUAGGUUUAUAGGUUUUCCUUUUUACAAAAUUUACAAUAUACCAAAUAUUAUUUUAAAGCGAAACCUAUAAACAGAAUAUAUUAUGCUGAAAUGAUCGAUAUCCAAAUCAAAGUGAUUUGUUAAGACUUAGUUAGUGGAAACCGUUUUCUCCCGCAUCAAAAAGGUACCUCUUGUCAGUAGCUAUUCUUCCCUCUUAAUGGAUUUGGUAUAUUGUACGGACCCGCGUUAACGUACGAUUCAUAUUGAUCGAGCCGGAUGGAGCUGGUAUAGAGCACCUUAUUACGCGCCAAAGUAUGUCGAAUUUAGCCUGGGAAUACCACUGUGUCAAUCAACGUAAUGUUUUAUCGAAACUUAACGGACUCUAGUUAUAUUGUAAUAUAUAAUAGAUCAUCACACACAGCUUGGCAUCCGUAUACAUUCCUUGCGGCCAGGGCCGUCUUCAACUAUGACAUAAGAAUUUAAGAUCCUUUUGGAAAGUAAAGAAAGCGAAUUAAAUUAACAUUUUUCUACUAUGAUCUUCUAAUUGUUGUGGGUAAUCAAAUAUACUGUUACUAUCUGUCCUUCGAGGCCCCCUGAGGAUGGGGGCACUGGGCACGGGCCCCGUGUGCCCUUAUGGUAAAGGCUGUACUGCUUGCGGCUGCAGGUUGCGCGCAUGACGCCGGAUUUCGUGACGGCCAGCUAACCCACCUACCUGUUCCCGCCAGUAAAAUGUUUCGAUUUGUAUCAGGUCUCUCACAGACGGACUCGGUCAGCUACCACAAGCUAACUCCAUAUUACAUGGAUAAUUCACUCAAAUUAAUCUAAAUGCUGCUAUCACCAAGUUUUUACCACUAGUAACGGCUGGGAUUUUUUCUAACUUGUCCCCAGUGAUGAAACCUACAUAUCUGCUUUGUCCGAAGGUUGACUGACAGAGAAUGCCUUGAACAUUAAGUCGCGAUUUGUACGCAAUAAAGAUUAGAAAAUCCCAGUUGUUCGACGAUUAAAUACCUGUUGCACGGUUCCACGUUCCGGUAUACGAGACACAUUAAGACUGCAUCGACCGUCCAGUGGCGCCCUCAUUGGGGGAAUAGUAUUUUCUAAUUAACCAAUUACUUUAUGUAUAAAUCUAUAUAAUAUUACUACUAUUUUCCUAUUGAUUCCCCAUUUUUUGGUUUUUGUCGCAUUGUUUUAUUUUGUUUAGUUUUUGAUGCUUUGGUUAAUUCAAGGCCCCUACGUUUAUUGUUCUAUUUGACGGCGCAGCAACUAGUAUCAUUUCUCUCUCCUCGCUCUUUUAAAAUGCCAUUUGUCAAAAAAGGACAACCAUACUGCUGACAAGGUGAACUUCAAAUCAAGUGUUGCCUUUUUUGAUGCAUCCAGGCUGUGAAUGUGUGCGUAAAAGCGUGUAUAUGUGUUCUUUUAGGGAUGUGAAAAGUCGAUUUUAAUCAUGUUAUAUAUCGAUAAACGCUACACAGCGGAACGAAAUAGCUAUUAAUUGAAGCUUCAAUAUCUUCGUUAAACAUAUACAUAAUUGAAAUGCUAAUGAAUAAUAAAUAUAUUAGAAUUUAAUAAAAUAUUUAAAUUAUUGCGGAACACAUAUCUUAGUAGGUAUUUAUGUAUUUUAAUUAAAUAUCUGAACUUUCCCUUGGUUCCCUGCUGGGGCGUGACGAUAAAAUUGUGAUCUGAUAACCACAAUAAAGAAUAAAAGCGUUUUUGUUCAUUUUAGAUAUCGUCAAACCUUUGAAGUAAAAUUAAAAUUGUAAGAAAUGUCGAUAGUUUAUCGAUAUGACUUUAUCGACAUGGCUACAGCAAGGUGGUGUUAAAUUGUUAAUCGUACACUAAACAAAAGUGGCAACAGUGACAGCUCGCUGAGACACCGUCUAUAUAUAUAUUAUGUCUAUGGGUUAAUUAGAAAAUACAAUUACCCCAAUGAGGGCGCCACUGGACGGUUCGUCCAUGCCAAGCUGAGAUCCGGCCCGGCGCGGCGUCCGGCUGAUAAGAAUCGUACAUUACUCUUACAUUGUGAUCAGUUGAUCGCCACGCAUAGCCCGAGUGUUGCACUAUCGCUUAUAGGUCUUUCGAUUUCAAACUGAGCUUGUUUGGAGAUAUUAUUAUUCACUAUAGUAUGUAGUGUUUCGAACCUUUUAAGCGCGUCAUGACUUAUGGAUUUUAGGGUAUAUGAAUAGGGUAAUUCGCCAGUAACUGACCGCCCUAAAUUAAAAAUGAAUUCUAUUCAUCUAUAAACACAAUUCAUUUUACUUAGUAUAAGGUGGCUAGUUAUUGAAGGUAUCGUCUUGGGUCGUCCCAUUCGUUUUUCGUCAAGUUCUUAAAUUAGUCCUAUUCUGCUUUCGUCAUUCAUUCUACAUUGAAAGCCACCGACGAUUGUGACGAAUGUAGAAUGAGUGACGAAAGCAGAAUAGGACUAAUUUAAGAACUUGACGAAAAACGAAUGGGACGACCCAAGACGAUACCGUUGAUGACAAUUACUAAAACCAGCCAGUUACUGGCCAAUCACCCUAAUCUCGAAACAAGCUCUGUUUGAAAACGAGACUAUUAUACAGUAUAUAACAACGAAACAAUUGUUCUCAUUUGCAAAAAAAUGCCGAAUGCCUGCAAAAAUAAGUUGUAAAUAAUGUUAAUACAUAAUACGUACGAGUAUAUCGUAUCUAAUAACCGCUUUACAGAAUGAAUUACGUUGUUGCGCGCGAAUUCAAGUAAGGAGUCCCGCGAAGUUAGAUCAUCUAACUGAAUCAUCUGACGUAGAUUCAAAAUGGAGCUCCUAGUUACUCCUCUCUCAUUGUCACCUGAUGGUAUCAAGCUAUUGUAUUUUAUUGUACUGUAUGUACAUACAGGAUGGAGGAAAAAGUAAAAAAAAACACGCACUUGGCAGGUUUUUUUAUUGUUGUUUUUAUGGUUCCAAUAUAUUUUUGCAGGUAGGCGGUACCUAUAAGGUUGCAGUCUACAAAAUAUAGGCAAGUCAGUAGGUUGUCGUACGGUUUUAAAAUAUCGGAAUCCAUUUGAGACAUUACCUGCCGAUGAAUGGCAUAGUAGCAGGGAUGUUGCGGAUGCGGAUGUCAAGAUUAUGUACAUAUUUAAAAACGUCACAUAUUAAAUUUUUAGUAAUUUAUAUUUUAAAAAAAACGAAAAGAAAAAACACACGAACAAUAACUAUUGAGUUGCGAACAGUACCUUGGUCGACUUUUCUAGACGAUCCGUUAUAGGUAAUGAUGAAAAUUACCUAGCAGUUAGCCGCCGCUAAGACUUUCCUGUACCGAUAUGUACGACAUCCGCAUAAGCUCCGCAUCGAUUUUAUGGAUUUUGAAAAAUUGAUGUAGGCUCUCAAGUGGAUCCCGACAUUUAAAACCCGUCCGAAUAUACACUGCUAUGUGCUGCUAUGUGCAAGAGCAUCGUUAAACCAUUCUGGUUUAACGAUGCUCUUGGAUCAAAAUAUUAUGUAAUUGUGAUUUAUCUCUAAUAAAGAAAUAAAAUAAAAUAAUAAGCUCCAUAUUAAUACAGUGGAAUCCGCUUAUAAUGACAUCGAAGGGAACUGACAAUUACGUCAUACUAAGCGGAUGUCAUAUAAAGCAUAGUUGUACAACUUCUUAUUUUUGUUGUUUUCCAAAUGAAUCUCAAAUUCCUUUGUGAGAGAUGAGUUUUAUUAAAUUUGUAAAAAAUGUCAACUUGUCACUGAGAAACAAAACUAAAAUACCUUACAUGCCACGAACGCAUCAAACGUCCUCGCAGGAAAGACGUGGUGACGGCCACGAAAACCAGCGAAGGUGUCAGUAUAACCGGACAUAAUUACAUGGAAAUAGGAUUUUUAGGUCAUAGUAAGCGGUUUGUCACUAUAAGCGAAGGCAUCUUAUCCGAAUUUGUCACAAAGAGUUUUAUAUGAAAACCAAACAUCGCACAGUAAUUACGUCAUAGUAGGCGGUUGGUCAGUAUAAGCGGAGUCAUAAUAAACGGAUUCUACUGUAUACUUAUAUUCAGCGCCCCUGGUGCUACCGUCAGCCGUAGCCGCUCGCAUCCCAAUUCCAUUCAAUUCUUGCUAGCUAAAAAAUAAGAUCAAAAUAACUCUUACUAAGAAUUUAUAUGUAGGUAGGUAUAGUAGAUUUAAACAUUGUAUAAAAAGCGCAAAGCUAUUUUUAUAAUAUUUAUGUUUUUAAUUGUUAUUUGUAAUAUUACCAAUUGUAUCUUACGGGCAAUUUGACUAACAAAUCAUGUUAUUAUCGCAUGUAACACUAUGUUGACUAAAUAAAUAAUGAUUAAUUUAA